AUGGCCACCUACAAGCUAAUGCUGAUUCGGCACAGCGAGAGUGCCUGGAACCUGGAGAACCAUUUCAGCGGCUGGUACGAAGCCGACCUGAGCCCGGCGGGCCAGGAGGAGGCAAAGCGCCAUGGACAGGUGUUGCGAGAUGCUGGCUAUGAAUUUGACAUCUGCUUCACCUCCAUGCAGAAGAGAGCCAUCCAGACCCUCUGGACAGUCCUGGAUGCCAUUGACCAGAUGUGGCUGCCGGUAGUCAGGUCUUGGCGCCUCAAUGAGCGACACUAUGGGGGUCUGACUGGUCUCAAUAAAGCAGAAACUGCUGCUAAGCAUGGUGAGGCACAGGUAAAGAUCUGGAGGGGAUCUUACGAUGUCCCACCACCUCCGAUGGAACCUGAUCAUCCCUUCUGCAGCAACAUCAGCAAGGAUCGCAGGUACGCAGACCUUACUGAGGACCAGCUGCCCUCCUGUGAGAGCCUGAAGGACACUAUUGCCAGGGCACUGCCCUUCUGGAAUGAAGCAAUCAAGGAGGGGAAAAGAGUCCUGAUUGCGGCCCAUGGCAACAGCCUUUGGGGCAACGUCAAGCAUCUGGAGGGUCUCUCAGAAGAGGCCAUCAUGGAGCUGAACCUGCCAACAGGCAUCCCAAUUGUCUAUGAAUUGGACAAGAACUUGAAGCCUGUCAAACCCAUGCAAUUCCUGGGAGAUGAAGAGACCGUGUGGAAAGCCAUGGAAGCUGUGGCUGCUCAGGGCAAGGUCAAGAAGUGAAGGCAAGCAGGGUGACUCCUACCCCAGUACCCUCCUCCCUGCCUGUUUAUGCCUC